AUCCUCACCUGCAUCAUUCAAAUGCAGAACCCGCAAAAGAAAAAAAUUUGAAAAAAAAAGAACAAUAUCCCACGAAGGAGGAUAUCAUCAGCAAAGAAGAAGAGGAAUCCAUAACCUCCCUCAUAACACCACCCUUUGUUUCCUUCUUUUCUAUUCUCAAGAAAAAGAAAAAACUUUUCUUUCUGCUUCUGCCAAAGACCCUUUUUUGAUCCUCCAAGAUGGACAUUUCACAGAGAAAGAGAACUUUGCUUAAGGUCAUUGUUCUCGGUGAUAGUGGGGUGGGAAAGACUUCUUUGAUAAACCAAUAUGUUGAUAAAAAAUUCAGCCAACAGUAUAAAGCCACAAUUGGGGCUGAUUUUGUUACAAAGGAGAUACAAGUCGAUGACAAACUGGUAACCUUGCAGAUUUGGGACACUGCAGGACAGGAAAGGUUCCAUAGUCUUGGAGCUGCAUUUUAUCGAGGUGCAGAUUGUUGUGUGCUGGUAUUUGAUGUAAAUAUACAGAAAACAUUUGAUACACUAAACAAUUGGCAUGAUGAGUUUCUUAAGCAGGCUGAUAUGAACGAUCCUGAAGCAUUUCCCUUUGUGUUACUUGGUAACAAGAUUGAUGUAGAUGGUGGAAACAGUAGAAGGGUUACUGAGAAAAAAGCUAGAGACUGGUGUGCUUCACGGGGAAACAUACCAUACUAUGAGACCUCUGCUAAAGAGGGUUGCAAUGUUGAAGAGGCUUUUUUAUGUGUGGCUAAAAUUGCGCAAGCAAAUGAAAACGAUCAAGACAUUUAUUUUCGGGGAAUUUCUGAAACAGUUUCAGAAGCAGAACAACAACGAAGUAGUUGUGCAUGCUGAAGUAGGAUGACCAUUUAUAGUUCGUUUAGUUGCAAUAAAAGUUUAGAGAUGAAAGUGAAUAAGCAGUGGAAAGCAACAUAAUUGAUGAACAUCUGUAUUUGUUUUAUCAUGAAAGUAGCUACAAAAUGUAAUGCAAAUGAAGUGGGAUCUGUAGUUUCAUUUUCAUCUCAUAUAUAUGUGAUGAAAAAGAUUGAAAUGAACUGUAAAAACAAGUUCAGAGAACAUAAUUUUCAUUUUA